GUUUAAUGUCCAACAAUCCGGAAGUGGGCGAAUGAUAUUGUGUUGACUUGUCAUGACGAAAAAAUCGAAGUAAUUUCUGAUAAUGUCAGUUGUUGACAUGUGCCAGGGAUCCCCUGUGCUUCAUGUGGUGGUUGUUGGAUUUCAUCACAAGAAAGGAUGCCAGGUUGAGUAUUCCUAUCCCCCUCUUGUGGAGGGGAAUGAUGUCAACAGUUCUGAGGCUCCCCCAGAAUGGAAACACCUUGCAUCCUUGGCAAUACCUGAUGGAGCACAUAAUUACAAAAAAGAUACAAUUUACUUUCAUCUUCCAUCCCGUGAUGGUACCUACAGGACAGUAUAUGGAGUGGCCUGUUACAGGCAGAUUGACUCUUCUGAAUUGGUCAAUAAAUCUUCAGAAGUAACAAGAAGUACAGUCCAGAAGAGUGUGUGUGUCCUAAGUCGACUGCCUUUGUAUGGACUUAUUCAGGCCAAGCUGGAGUUAAUUACGCACGCAUAUUUCAAAGAGCUGGACUUCAGUAAAGUCGAGGUCCUUGAGGAUACUUAUAAAAAUCUCAGCUUGUCCUUGACAGAAAGUCUCAGGGACGGAUCUCAGGUUUUUCUAGGAAUGUCAGUUCGUGAUGUGGUGACACAAUUCAGACACAAAAUAGUUCUACUUUUUAAACUAAUCCUCCUCGAACGAAGAGUGCUGUUCACCGGAGCUCCUGUACAGACUUUAUGUAACACAAUCCUUGCCAUUCUCUCCCUCUUUCCGGGUAUGAUAGAAAAUGGAUUGGAGGAAUCGGCCAGCGUGGAGCUGAACAGACAACUGUCACCGACGCUGAGGAACGCAGUGUGCUCGGACAGCAGUGAGGAAUUCCUGGAAGUCUGUUACCAUGACGAAAAGGCCAAGGUCAUCAGGAGCUCUCCAAAGAAAGAAAAACAGGAAGUGACAUACACUGAGCCAGAGGAACUUGAAAUUCCUAGAGAUGGAAUGGAAUCCACCAAAGAGACAGAAAAUAGUGACGCAAAGGAUGAAAACAAGAAUUCCAGUAAUGUUCAGGACUUUGAACAAGCUCAGUGUAGUGAGGUACAGACAAAAACAGUGAGAAGCUUUUCCGAUACAGGGGAGUCUGAAAAACAAUCCAAAACCAGUCGAUAUAAUGUUAAACGGACACUCUCUGAGAGUUACGCGCUGGAUUUAGAAAAUGUGAAUCAGGCCGUGUCCAGUUCUGGUAAAAAUGACAGCUCUGUAUCUUUUUCUGAGGAUCCCCUUGCCAAUGUAAAAGAUAUCACUCAACUGAAGGCCAUACAGACAGGGACUAUAAUGAGACAGCUAGACUCUGUAGUUAAUGUGGAGGACCUCAAUUUAGAAAAGUUAGAAAACUUGAGUGAUGAAGAGAAAGAAACCUCGUCGAAGUUUGAGAUUUCGUUGAAUUUAGAGGAUGCUCGGGAAGUGUUGAAGAGGAGUGAGGGGGUGGAGGAAUUGGAUUCCCCCGAGAGUAUACAGAAGAUUGAUCAGGAGGACUGCUUCUCUUGGGAGGAGGAUAGGUUACUGCUCACCAUAGAACACAAGGAAUCUAUCAGUGAAGCCGAGUCAGCAGAUCAGCAAAAAAUUAACCAAUCAGAUUCCAAAAAGCAGUCAUGUGAUACUCAGGAUUCUGGGAUUGAUAUUGGAUCACCAUUAAGUGUAAAGGAAGGUGAUAAGACAGAUAGUUUUGUGGAGAAAGAGAGUUCAGAGGUUACAGAGAAAGGCAUUCCAGACAAUGACCCCAGGAGAAGCCCUGGCAGGAAAGCGGCUGCGAUAAAGAAUAAGAUCAGCUCAGCUCUCAGUGGACUGAAGGUGAAGAAGGGGAGUGGAAUCCACGAGCCAACAUCACCCACCGAAGAGAACUCGGACGUAGAAAUGAAUGUCGUGCUCAGGUCCUCCAAACUUACUCAGGACGACUGUGGAUUUCCACUGGCUGUUUUUACAAAAGGUUGUAUGCUUCAUCCGUACCUGUCCUUGCAGUACUUUGAUCUUAUGACAGAUGUCAAUGUCCGAGGGUUUGUCAUAGGAGCCACCAAUAUGCUGUUUAGACAGAAACGUCACCUGACAGAUAUUGUUAUCGAGGUGUCGGAAUCAGAGGAGGGGAAGAUUGAAAUCCAUGACCGAGAAUUAAACCGCCUUCUCCAUCUGACCACUGCUGACCUCCGAUUCGCUGACAUCAUCAUUAAGGCUGUGUUGGGGGAGGACUCAGAUGACCCAUAUCUAGAUGGAACAGAGUGGGAGGGCGGAGACGAGUGGGUCCAGUCUCAGUUUAAAGUCUACCUACAAUCUAUGCUGGUCACCAUGGAGAAAAACGAUUUGAAGCUCCUGGAGGAUUAUGGGACGGCUUUUUGUCAGGCUUACAAGACAACACAUAACUACAGGCAGUGGAGCGGAACAAGUCAUCCAGGCAUGUCCAAUGUUCUGGUGGGACAUCCUUGUCAGGGAAAUUUAGCCAUGUCUGACAUCAAGAUGAGACUAUCUCACAAUCUACAGAACACUGAGAGAGGGAAGAAAAUCAAUGCUGCCAUGGUACAGACAGGGCGGUAUGUGGAACAGGCAGGGAAGGCAGUGGGUGGCGCUAUAGUCAAUGCCAAGUCAGCCGUGUCUUCAUGGUUCAGUGGAUGGAGGCACCCAAGGGGAGACAAUGUGCCCCCACAAAGCUGAUUAGAAAACAAGAAUAUGUACUAUAUAAAUAUUUGUAGAAGUGGCUCUAAAUGGGUUGAAUGCAUGGUUCUGUGGCAUAAUACUAUAAAAUUUAUUUCUUUGUUAGAGGCAGUGAUUUCUUUCUAUGUGUUCAGUGACUUCUAAGUAAAUUAUAUUUAUUGAUGUAGACGUGUCUAUUAUCAUUUCUUUGUAAAACAAAGACACAAUGACAUUUUCUUGUGUACACACACAUGUACCCAUGUAAUAUUUAACUAUGUAUGGAAGUAGUUAUUGGAAAACACAUAACAUUGUGUUGUAUUGAAAUAUGCAAGAUUGUACAAAGUUGGCUACACCACUGUGGUGCAUAUAAACCAUAAAGUAUACUGCACAAUCUUAUGAUAUACCAAUUAUGAAGUGCACAAGCAAUUUGUUUAAUUGUAAAAUGUUAUUUACUUAUUCUAAAAUAAGCCAUCAUGGCAUUGUGGUAGCUCAGUUGGUAGAGUGUUUGCUCCAUGAUUAGGUCAUGUUUCUAAUCCAGCUUCGACUAUUGGAAGUGGAUAAAAAAUAGAUAGCAAUAUUGUUCCUUCCCCAAGUGCUUGGCACUUUGAAGAGAAAAUUGUGCGUCAUUUGGAUAAAACCAGUUUGUGUGGGGUGUCCUUGAUAAUUUGAGGGGGAGGGGGGUAAUAAAAUGGAAGAUGACCAUAAUUAUGCUGAUUAAAGUAGAAUAUUUUAUGAAAUUUGUGACAUUUUUGUUAUUUCAAGCAUUUUAUUUUAUCUACAAGGGCCAGAUUAAAAAUUCGUGAUUGAAUUUUUAAAAAAGAAAUGAUAAGGCUUAAUCAGUUUAAUAUAUGAUUGGAGAAAAGUUUCCCUUUAAGAUUCUGAAGUUUUUUUUCUUUUUCCAGAAA